UUUGGGUUUUAACUCUCUCUCUCUCUCUCUCUCUCUCUCUGCCAAAGUCUCAAACCAAAGCAACCAACAACAAUCUUCCAAUUCCAUUUGUAGUGAUUUGUUCUUCAUUUCUCCAAUAAAACAACCACCCAAGUGUCAUCAUUCAAGUUUUUGCCUUUCUCCUCUUCUCCAGUAAUGGUUUAGGUUUGCUUUUUUGUUUUUACCUCUCUUUCUCUCUCGGUGAGAGACAUCCUCUUGUGCUUGGUAGGUUGUGCCGUUGAGGUAAAUGGGCCCUAAACUCCACUGAAGAUUUAAUGUUUGAAAAGAAGGGUCUCCAUCUCCUCUUGCAGUGCUCCCUUGCCCCCAUUUUAAUGCUGUCUCGCAUUUGGAUCUUUUGUGUUCUUUUAUCAGAAGAUAAGAUUUGGUUUUCUUUUUUCUGCUCUCUCUGAAGGUCAUGACUCAGGUUUUUUGCUCUUUCUGGGUUAUUGAUUUUGGAGAUGGGGUUUGAUGAUAAUUUAUUAAUGGUGUUGGCUUCAUAGGAUUUGCCUCUCCGAUAUAUUAAUUAGCCAGUUUUAAGUUGGUUUUUCGGUUGACUAUUAGUUGUCUUGAGCUGGAUUGUUUACUUUCAAGGUGCAAUUUGGAAGCUUGAGAGGUUAUAUCUCCUGAAAUUCAAUUGCUUACAAACAUUUGUGAAAAGUUUGCAUGUUGGAGGUGGGUUCUAGAUGUGGACUGGUGCUGCUGAUCAUCUUUAUGCAUUUGGGAUUUGUUAGUUUCUAAUGCAGGGGAUAAAUGAUUGAGAGACUGGUUCUUUAGUUUUGAAGUUGGGAAUUUGAUAAAUCAGGUGUUGGCUAAUCCUUGAAGCCGAAACUAUGGAUAGAACGAUUCAACCUCCUCUGGUUGAUACCACAGCUUGUCUAUGUAGAGUAGAUGCAGGCCUCAAAACGGUUGCCAGUGCAAAAAAAUAUGUCCCUGGAUCUAAGCUCUGCCUUCAACCAGACAUUAAACCAUCCAUUCAUCCUACUAGGAGCAAGCCAUCACGUGGUGACAGAAGCCGAAACCAAUCUCCUCUGCUUCCAGGACUCCCUGAUGAUCUUGCUAUUGCUUGCCUGAUCCGGGUCCCAAGAGUAGAGCACUGUAAGUUACGGCUAGUGUGCAAAAGAUGGUAUCGUCUUUUGGCUGGAAACUUCUUCUACUCACUUCGGAAAAGCCUUGGAAUUGCUGAAGAAUGGAUAUAUGUCAUCAAGAGAGACCGAGAUGGCAAAAUCUCAUGGCAUGCAUUUGAUCCAGUUUACCAACUCUGGCAGCCCCUUCCCCCUGUCCCAAAGGAAUACUCUGAAGCCCUUGGAUUUGGCUGUGCAGUCCUCAGUGGCUGUCACCUCUACUUGUUUGGUGGUAAAGACCCUCUAAAAGGAUCAAUGAGAAGAGUCAUAUUUUAUAGUGCUAGGACAAAUAAGUGGCACCGUGCCCCAGACAUGCUUCGUCGACGGCAUUUUUUUGGUUCAUGUGUGAUAAACAACUGUUUGUAUGUGGCUGGUGGGGAAAAUGAGGGGGGCCAUCGAUCCCUGAGAUCAGCAGAAGUUUAUGAUCCUAACAAGAAUAGAUGGUCCUUCAUUUCAGAUAUGAGCACAGCAAUGGUGCCCUUUAUUGGGGUUGUUUACGAGGGCAAGUGGUUCCUGAAGGGGCUGGGAUCUCACCGACAGGUUCUAAGCGAAGUCUACCAACCAGAAACUGAUAACUGGUACCCUGUUUAUGAUGGCAUGGUUGCAGGCUGGAGAAACCCGAGUGCUUCCUUAAACAGACGCCUCUAUGCCUUGGACUGUAAGGAUGGCUGCAAACUUAGGGUUUAUGAUGAUGUGACUGAUUCAUGGAGUAAGCAUAUUGACAGUAGGAUGCAUUUGGGGAAUUCCCAGGCAUUAGAGGCAGCUGCACUUGUUCCAUUUAAUGGAAAACUCUGCAUCAUCAGGAAUAAUAUGAGCAUAUCUUUGGUUGAUGUGUCAAAAUCUGAGGAUUUGAGGGGAGCCACUGCUGAGCAUUUAUGGGAAACUAUAUCAGGGAAAGGACAGUUCAAGACCUUGGUCACAAAUCUCUUGUCAAGCCUAGCAGGCAGGAACCGACUGAGAAGUCAUAUCGUGCACUGCCAGGUUCUUCAAGCGUAAAGAAAAAUAACGCAUCAAAAAUCAGUGGUGGCUUCUUUGGCUUCAAAUAUCUCUUUAUAUAUUGGUUGACAUUCAUGGAAGGACAAAAGAAGCCCAUUUAGCUGGUGAGAGAGCAGCACUUACAAGUCCAUUUUAGUCAGUUAUUGUUGGAGGAUCCUUAUACCAGGAGUGUGUAUGGGUAAGGAUGUUUGUUUUGCUAGAAUUUAGUGUUACUAAUAUAUGUAAGAUACAUAGUAGUUGCAUGUUAAAAAUUGAAGAGCAAAUUAUCCAACUGACUUAGUCUUCUUGUCACAAAAUGGCUGUUAACUUGUUGCCAGUCAAGUUCAGCGUGUAUUAUACAUAAGCAGGUCAGUUGGUUAUUGAUCUUUCCCAACAAAUCCAACUUGGGUUUUUAUUUUUAUUUUUAUUUUCAAGGCUACAGUGCUAUUACAUGUUUA